UUUCCCCCACAUCUCCUCCAUCUCCAAGUCCCAACACCUUCCGGCGGCGAAGCAACCCACCCACUUUUCUCCCCCUCCCGAAGCAGCGAUGGCCCCCAAGGCGGAGAAGAAGCCGGCGGCGAAGAAGCCCGCAGAGGAGGAGCCCGCGGCGGAGAAGGCCGAGAAGGCCCCGGCGGCGAAGAAGCCCAAGGCCGAGAAGCGGCUGCCGGCGGGCAAGACCGCCUCCAAGGAAGGCGGCGAGAAGAAGGGCAAGAAGAAGAGCAAGAAGAGCGUCGAGACCUACAAGAUCUACAUCUUCAAGGUGCUCAAGCAGGUGCACCCCGACAUCGGCAUCUCCUCCAAGGCCAUGUCCAUCAUGAACUCCUUCAUCAACGACAUCUUCGAGAAGCUCGCCGGGGAGGCCGCCAAGCUCGCCCGCUACAACAAGAAGCCCACCAUCACCUCCCGGGAGAUCCAGACCUCCGUCCGCCUCGUCCUCCCCGGGGAACUCGCCAAGCACGCCGUCUCUGAGGGCACCAAGGCCGUCACCAAGUUCACCUCCUCUUAGACUGCGUCGCCUGUAUCUAGUAGCAAAUGUAGUUCUAUACUGUUGGCUUAGUGCUUGUCCGUGGACUCUGGUUAUCUGCAAGUAAUAGUAGUCCUACUUUUGGAUGAAAAUUGCCGAAUCAUUGUAAAUGCUUUGUUGGCUCGUCGGCCACCUGCAAGAACUGAAUUAUGUCCGCUUCAAUUGGCAAAUGAAGAUUUCGGAAA